CAAUCUGUCUCCCUCUUUUUCUUUUUGACACUACCAUACUUUUCCCUCCUGGCCUUCUUCUUUUUCCUCCUUAGUCCUUUCACAUGCUCUCUCUUUUAAUUUCUUUCUUACCAAUUUUUACAGGUUUAAAUGGAAGCAACAACACUACUUCACUACUAGUCUACUAAAACUCUAUCAAAAAGCAUAAUCAUUUCUUCUCACUUGCAUAAACUACAUAAAAGCUGAACAUUUUUCAUUUCUUUAAUCACUCUAAAUUCCCCAUUAACUGUACUAAAUGCUAUCACUAUCAUCACUCUACUCAAACUAAAUCUGCUGUUAAUCAGACAUACAUACAUUCGCUGUUUUUCUAGGGUUUCGCUCUUUUUUAUUUUUUCCCUUUUUGAUUUUACUUUUUUGCUGCUUUUUUUUUUGUUGUAUGAAGUUUGGAACUAGGGUUCUUGUUUUGUUGAUACAUUUGGGAUGAAGUUGAAAUUUAUGAUUGUAAUUUGAAUUUUGUGGAGGUUGAUUUUUGGGGGUUUUGAGUAAUUGAAUGCGAGAUCUCGCUUGAUUUUGUGAAUUUAAUUGUUGUUUGAGCUUUAAUGCUGGGUUUGAUCGAGCUUCGACUUGGGUAAAUUGUGAAUUGCUGGGUUACAAACAUGCAUUUCGGAAAGCUUGAUGACUCUCCUAUGUUCCGCCAACAGCUGCAAUGUUUGGAGGACAGUUCUGAAUCUUUAAGGGAGAGGUGCCAGAAAUUCUACAAAGGAAGCCGUAAAUACACUGAAGGGCUUGGUGAGGCGUAUGAUGGAGACAUUGCUUUUGCUAGUGCUUUAGAAACAUUUGGAGGAGGGCACAAUGACCCAAUAAGUGUUGCUUUUGGUGGUCCUGUCAUGACAAAAUUUACUAUAGCAUUAAGAGAGAUUGGAACUUACAAGGAAGUUCUUCGUUCUCAGGUUGAGCACAUGCUUAAUGACCGGUUAUUACAAUUUGUCAAUAUUGAUUUGCAUGAUGUGAAGGAGGCGCGUAAACGUUUUGACAAGGCCAGUCUUGUAUACGAUCAGGCACGUGAGAAGUUUCUGUCAAUUAGGAAGGGAACUAGAAGUGAUGUUGCUACUGUCUUGGAGGAGGAGCUGCAUCAGGCACGAUCCACAUUUGAGCAAGCUCGCUUCAGUCUGGUGACCACUCUUUCUAACAUUGAAGCGAAAAAGAGAUUUGAAUUCCUCGAAGCAGUUAGUGGGACUAUGGAUGCACAUCUGCGUUACUUCAAGCAGGGUUAUGAGCUGUUGCAUCAAAUGGAGCCAUAUAUAAAUCAGGUCUUGACGUAUGCUCAGCAAUCAAGAGAAAGGUCCAACUAUGAGCAGGCAGCUCUUAGUGAAAGAAUGCAGGAGUACAAAAGACAAAUUGAUCGAGAGAGUAGGUUUUGCUCCAAUGGAUCUAAUGGGUCCCCUAAUGGUGAUGGAAUACAAGCAAUUGGUAGAAGUUCACAUAAAACCAUUGAUGCAGUUAUGCAAUCUGCUGCGAAGGGAAAGGUUCAAACCAUAAGACAGGGUUAUCUCUCAAAACGCUCGUCUAACUUGAGAGGUGACUGGAAAAGGAGGUUUUUUGUCCUUGAUAGUCGAGGAAUGCUAUAUUACUACCGGAAGGAGUCCAGCAAACCAUCUAGCUCUGCACCUCGUAGUUCUGGUCAAAGGAAUAGUUCCGAACUUGGCUCUGGUUUGCUAAGUCGCUGGCUUUCAUCACAUUAUCAUGGUGGUGUGCAUGAUGAAAAAUCUGUUGCCCAUCAUACUGUGAAUCUGUUAACAGCGACCAUUAAAGUUGAUGCUGACCAGUCAGAUUUGCGUUUUUGCUUCAGAAUUAUCUCACCAACAAAGAACUAUACAUUACAGGCAGAAAGUGCUCUGGAUCAAAUGGAUUGGAUUGAGAAAAUAACAGGGGUCAUUGCUUCAUUGUUAAGCUCUCAAACCCCUGAAAGGUGUCUAUCUGCUACUCCAAUGGGCAGUCUUCACCGGUCUACUAGUGAGAGUAGCUCUGUUGAAAGUUCUGAUUUUGAUCAUGCCGCAAAUGAAGAGAAUACAUCUGAGAGAUGCCUCACGGCUGCGCAUCAUGACCGCUCACUGAGAAGUUCCAUGCAACAAAGGUCAUUUAUGAAGUCUGAAAAGCCAAUUGAUCUGCUGAGGAAGGUUGGUGGUAAUGACAAAUGUGCCGAUUGUGGUGCCCCAGAACCUGAUUGGGCUUCCUUAAAUCUAGGAUUACUUGUUUGCAUUGAAUGUUCUGGUGUUCAUCGCAACCUCGGUGUUCACAUAUCAAAGGUGAGAUCACUCACACUUGAUGUUAAAGUGUGGGAACCCUCGGUUAUUUCAUUAUUUCAGUCAUUGGGGAAUUCUUUUGCGAAUUCAGUAUGGGAAGAACUUUUGCGAUCAAAAGGUGCUUUUCAUGUCGAUCUUCCGGCUUCAAGCUCAUUGAAGGCUGAUAAGUCGCAGCAACUUUUCGUUAGCAAACCUAGCGCUGCUGAUUCAAUAGCAAUAAAGGAAAAGUUCAUUCAUGCAAAGUACGCGGAGAAGCUAUUUGUUCGGAAGCCAAAGGACUCGCAACAUCUUUGGUUGUUAGCACAACAAAUCUGGGAAGGAGUGCGUAAUAAUGACAAGAAAGCCGUAUACCGAUACAUUGUGAACUUUGAUGCAGAUGUUAAUGCUAUAUAUGAGCUAACAUCCUCAAACUCUUCUUUAACCCUUGCAAAAGUAAUGCGUCUACCAGAGCAGACAAGCCAUGCACCAAACAUUAGUCAAUGGACUGGAGACUUAGCAUGCAAGUCUUCUGAGAGCUCGUCUAGUGUAUCUGCUGAAAAUGAAAUACUGAGCAUGGAAGAUCUGGAUGGAUGCUCCUUGCUCCAUCUUGCUUGUGAAUAUUCUGACAUCGGCAUGUUGGAGAUCCUCCUGCAGUAUGGCGCAAAUGUAAACGCUUCGGACGCUAGAGGUCAGACACCACUUCAUCGAUGUAUUCUGAAAGGAAAGGCAUCAGCAGCUAGGUUGCUUCUCACAAGGGGUGCAGAUCCUCAGGCUGUGGAUGCAGAAAGUAGAACCGCCUUUGAUAUUGCCAAGGUUUCGAAUUUCGACGAUCCUGAGGUACUUUCCUUGUUGUCAUAUUCCAGAGGGUAAAAGUCACUUGGGAAGAGAAUAGAAGGUAAAGGGGGGUGGGGGAGUGUACUAUAUAUUUUGAAGCUGUUGUUGCUGUAGUUAUGAAUAGGUUGUGUAGAAUUGUAAUUUUUUGUAUAUUUGAUGGAAGAAUAUCAAAAGCAGUUGCAGUAGAAAUAUGUUGAGCUAGUCCUAGAUCUUUGAACAAUUUCAGUAUAGGCAGUUGUGUUGUGUCGUGUGUACAUUAUAUUUUUCUCCUUUCUUUCUUUUUAUUUCUAAUUUUUUCUUGAGGUGUAGCUUGAGCGUUGUGCUUCCUUGUAUCUAAUUUGAGAUUGAAAGGAAACAAAAAACACAAAAAAAAAACCAGUAAAUGAAAAGUGAGCAUUUUGCAGUA